UUGUUGAUGAGUUGCUGAAGGAAACGGGGGAAAAUGCCAGUCGCAACUCUUCUGCCUUUCGCCGCGACCCCGAGUCGGAAGUCUGCCAGUCCGACCUCGUUCAGGUUGACAGAGAAAUUCAUCUUGUUAUUAGUCUUCAGUGCUUUUAUAACUCUCUGCUUCGGAGCUAUUUUCUUCCUUCCGGACUCCUCCAAGCUGCUCAGCGGAGUUUUCUUUCAUUCCUCCGCGGUGGAGACCAACACCCGCAACGGUCCGGACAGCAGCGACUCAGGUUCGGCUGGCAGCGACGACAGGAUUCUGGCGAAAAUCAGGAAAGACCACGAAAAAGCGCUGCUGGAGGCCAAGGAUACUCUCCAGAAACGACCAGAUGAGAUUAAGCAGGACAUCAUUAACGAGAAGGCGAAACUUUCCAGGGAUGGUACGGGUCAAGGUGUGAAAGGUGACAAUGAUUUGCCAACCGUUGAGUACCGCCGUCCACCCGGGGCCACCGGACACGAACCUCUGGAUCCAGAAACCAGGGAGAGACGGAACAAAGUCAAAGAGGUUAAGGAAAACAAACAGCCCUGGUUUCAUGCUGACCUCAUUACUGCGUCUGACUUUUCAUACCAGCAGCAACAAGUCACAGCCUGAGCUCUCUCAUAUGGUCCGUAGAAGAAUGUAACUGGAAGGAACUCCACACCAGAGUAAUUAGGCGUACGUCAGCGGAGACACUGGGAGGUGAAGGAGGAGGUGGAGCAGAAGAACACUGGCUGACUUACCUCAUGAAGAGACAUUUCAGUCGAGCUGGUUUUUGCCUUUGACUCACAACUCUCUAUAUUUAGUACGACAUUCACACUGCAGACAAAGUUGGCCCCAAUUUGACUCUCAUUCCGAUAUGUUCUCAACGUUCUCAAGUCGGAACCAAGUCCCUUUGAUACGUGCUCCAGAAUCAGUGACAUGCAGUAUCUGAUGUUUGUUUUUAUUUUAAGUCCUGAUGUUGAUUUUUAAUUAUAUUUGACUUUGACUCGGUUGAAGUGAGACAGAUUUCCUAGUGCGUCGAAUAAUUCAUAUUUAAUUAAGUUGUGACGAACUGCGGCCGAACAUGACAAGAUCAAAUGUAUGCUGUUGACUGAACAGUAGGGGUGUGUGUUAGCAAGCAGUCAAACUGGUUAAGAGAGAUUGAACAUCAACUUCAAUAUUGACACACACACACACACACGCCGACAUGUGUAGCGCGUCUUCACGCUCCAGCCCCAACUGCGCACGAGCCUAACUCUGUGUUUGUCAGGUAAAACCAUUUGUAAAGAAAAUGGAAAAUCCCCAGUUGGCAACAAAAAAAACUCCACAUUUGUACGUGCAAUUACGGCUGCAUUUGAAUGCAUCGUUCUGUUCUCCAGUCUUUGCUCGAAGCAGCAAUAAAAACUACCCUUAAAUGUAACAUAAAAUUUAAAAAACCAACAAAAAAACCAAACCAAAACAAAUGAAAGCCUCAAACAUCCUAAUAAAAUUCAGGCGAUUUUUCUGGUGAGGAUGUUUUUUUCAUUUCAUGCAAAAUUACCAGGGGUUUUGAGGCUAAUUCCCCAACAUCAGGCUAACAUCUGUCCUGGGGGAUGAGCUCAGUGCGUCACUAGCCAAUUGGAUCAUGUUUUUCCGACUCCUUCCUGCAACAUCUGUGGUUCCGUGUUGAAGUGGACCCACCUGCUGUCAGUGAUAAGACAGACCUCACACAGACAGAGGGCACUAACGUGCCUCUGCCACUUCCUGUCAACAUGUUGCCAGCAUUUCACAAAAAGGCUGUCUUCAAAUGCAUCAUCUGGAAAGGUCUCCAAAGGCUCAGCAUCGACGGCCUCCAGAAGAUAUGUCAUGUUUUUUGACUAAGCCACAAAGGCCAGAAAUGAAGACAGGGGAAAAGGCUUCUGGAUAUUCAAUAUUAAUGUGUUCCAGGACCAGCAGGGGUUGUGGCCCACUGCUUCUUUCUCCUUAAUUCAAUUCGGUCUAAACCCUGGAAUCAUAGGCUGUCAGUCACAUACUCCAUUUAUUUUUCAAUCUCCAUUUUUUUUCCCACUCCCAUUUGAGGGCUUGCAUUUCAACACUCUGAGCUCUGCCUCCCUGAAUAUCGUAUUAGCGGUCGGCCUGAUAACUUGUUGCUUGGAUGUGAAAAUUAAAGACCUGGAAAAGAUUGCCUUUUUUUUAGUGAUAAACCUCCCGACAUCGCAACCAUCGCACCUACAGCAGUGCUGCUGAAGAAGCAAUUUGAAGGGAACAUAUUUGUCAGAAUUGACUUUUGUCAGUUUGUGCUACAAAUAUUUGUCUCCCUGGAGCAUCGCCUCUAAAGUCUAGCCCAAUUCUAGAAACCUGACUUUCGGACAUAACAACCGGUUAUUUUGUGACAUGAUGGUUUGUUUGUUUGUUUGGUUUUUUUUGCAUUUGUUUGAGUAAUGGAUGUUAGAGCUUUUUUUAUUUCCUUCAAGCCAAAACAUUUGGUUUUCGAGCGACUCCACUGACGUUUGUCUCACAGGAGAAUUUUUGGUCGCACUUGAACCAUCAGUUAUUUUUUUCUUUGUUGUUGUGUUCUGGAAGGUUUUUCCCUGUAAGUCCAACCUUCAAACACAACACUGGCUUUUGAGUAAAAAAUCACAGUCAGAGAAUCGGUUCACAAGAUGGGUCCCUUGGGGUCACUGGGUUGGUCUCUUAAAGUAACCUUAGAACAAUAUGAGUUCAUAGUUGAGAAUCAGAUUCAUACAGAAUCAGAGCAGCGCAGCCUCAGGACCUGCUCAGCAGAGCUGACAGUGUUGGACCGCAGCGGUGGGAGUGGGAUGAGAUCAGCGUGUUCGUGACCUCAGUCAAAACAUGGUUGUGCAACUGAAACAUUUCUGCUCUUAACAUUAAGAAAUGACAUUUGCUGAGGAAACAACUCGACGACUGGCCCGGACAAGAGUUGUUGUUUAUUCGAAUCUGAAACAGAGAGAAAAAAAGGUUCUGCUCACACGCUGCCAGAGUGCAUCAGCAUCUGAAUGAAUGUCACAUUUAAUGACCAGAUGGUCAUAAUCCCCCGUUCUCUCUUUGUUUUUCUGGCGUCAUAUAAAAGUUCAUGUGUCACUGGAAGGAUUCACGAGGCUUUAGAAGGUUUUUUUAUGGAUUUAAUCCUGUCUGUAGAGAAGUUAGACCUGAAUAUAAAACAGUCUUUGCUCUCUUAAGUGGUUCUAGGAUAAAAUAAAAUAAAAAAAAAACAAAAAAAAAACAUUACAGGCUUAGAAGACGACGCCACAUGGCAUCAAGGCAGAAAUGGUUUGUUGAAGUUGAUGAUCGGACCUCGUCUUCAGAGAUGGGUAAUGGUCUGAAGGCCUCACUCUCUGAGAGAUUACUUAAGUUUUGUUUUACAAGCGUACAUUUCUGGGCAGUCGCCCACACCUCGUGUCUGUGUUGUGCAUACAGGAGCAGUCGGUUUAUGUCCUGGGCUCCUGCGCUGCUCAGCUCUCAUCUCUGCCAACCUGUGAAACGACUGGAUGAUGAACUGAAGCCCGGUGCCCGCCCGCCACCUCGGCUGUCUGCUGUAUUGAAGCGGGCGAUGGAUGGUCGUAAUGGGAGGGAGCGGGACAGAGACAUGGGGGGGAAGGGGAUCAAUCACCCUCUCACAAAGUCUUCAUUGCUUUGCCUUUUGUCAAACGGCUGGGUCAAACCCAAUUGGGAUGCUUCCCUCAACCACAGGAAAGGUCAAGUCAAUAAAUGUAU